UGGUGGUGCUCCUGCUUCCUGCUGCUCGCUCACAGUCGAAGCAGCCAAGCCAAACCACUUAAAUUUGGAAACCGCGAAGUACCUUUUAUUUUUCGCUUUACAAUGUGUUAAAAUACAAAUAGGAUAUAUCAUCCGUCAUUCAUUCAAGAUAAUAAACAGUAGGAAACACUCCGUAUAUAAUAAAAAAUGUCCAAGUUUAGCUUUGGAACUCCCGCAACUACUGCCGCAAAUACGAACUUUGCUUUCGGAACACCAAAGUCAACGACGACUACGAGCCUCGGGGGUACGACUUUUGGCGCACAAACAAUCGCGGCGAGCGGCAGCUUAACUUUUGGAACUCCUGCAACGUCGACAACCGCAACGCCAGCUCUAAAUUUUAGUUUUGGAGCGACGACUACCUCGACUCCUGGUCAGUCAUCAAGUUUGUCGUUGGGUUCAACUACCGCGACUACAACCCCUAGUCUUUUUGGAACCCCUGGAGCUAUAUCCGCACCACCCGCAGCGGGUCUUUGUUUCGGCACAUUGUCGACCCAAGCGGGUGGUGGUACGUUUGGAGCAACAGCCGGUACUCCAGCCACAAGUGGAUUCAGUUUUGGAGCAACCGCAACAAAGACAACGACAACGACGACAACGACAACGACGCCAUCUCUAUUCGGGAGUGGGCUGUUCGGAGUUAAACCAAUAUCGACCACCGUUCCUGUGAUUGUCGCCGAUACGAACAAAGGUCUUGGAGGUUUGGAUGUUUCCAUUAGCAGCAAAGGCCUUUCUCAUGGAAGUAACAGUCCUACGGUGGCUAAAGAAAAUCUCAUUCCGAAUGAGCUCACCCAAACGAUCGACAGUUUCAAAAAAUUCGUAAAAAUGCAAAAAAGCUUGAGUUCUGACAUAGCGAGAGGUUCUUCUCGACCUCUGAAUCGUUGCGCCGAGGACACUGCAUCGCUCAUGGAAAUGUUGACCUCUCUCGCUGGAUCUGUUCAACGCGAUCGUUCUUUAGCUGAUAAAUUGAAGCAGGAUACAGCAAAAGCCCUCCAGAAUGCUGAAAUAGCCCAAAGAACGCACGACACACCAGCGGGACUGCAGUACGAAAAUAACGCUCCCCUACAAUUUUUCAUGGAACUCGCUGAAUCUUUCGAGCAAGAAAUAAUCGUUUUCAGAUCGCAAAUCGAAACAACAGAAAAACACAUACAAACAAUGAUGGCUCCCAGAGCUCUGACUCCUCAAGAAUUAACAGCGGCUAUGAGCAAAAUUCAUGAAUCGUUAAUCGCCGUAGCUGGAAGAUUACAAGGGGCCCAUGCUAAAGUGCAACAACAAAAGGAACAAUAUUUGAAUUUUCGAAAAUACGUUCUCAAAGAUAGUAGCAAUGUUUUUGAAGAAAUAACGAAAUAUAAUGAGAAGAAUUCACGGAUGAGCGUCGGUAGGAUCACCAGCGGACCAACGCCCUUUGGACCAGGUAACAAAAGUUUUCUCUCUUCGUCCGCGAUGAACACGGGGGGGCGACCACCGAGUUACGGUACACCCAAUCCAUUAGCAUUGGGAAAUACGACCCCAGUUCCGUCAGCGGGCAACUUGACAAUUGGAGCUUCCUUGAAACCUCCAACGGCGAGUCUGAAUUUCAAUCCCCCGAUGAAUCUAACGACUCCGCUAGCGACCACCGGUGACUCCAACUCUAGUUUUCAGCUUCAAAAACCACCGAUUGGUAAUAAAAGAGGAAAACACUGACACAGGCGAACGCUCUGUUAGACCCCUUUGGUUUGAUGAUUGCGCGUUACACCUCGUAGAUUCCACGAGGAAAGUUUGCUUUUUCGUGACAGUAAAAAUGCCAUUCCAAUUCGCAUUGUUGGAAAACAAUCAAAUUUGUUGGGGGCUUCGUUGAGAUUCAACGGCGCAAAAUGUGUAAUAUUAUUGUCAAGUGCACAAAAAAAUACGUACGCGGAGUGAGCUGAGGCCUUAAUUGACGAUCUAUCUAUCUAUCGAUUGCGUCGAGUCACGAGGAAUCAUUGUAAUAAGAGAUUCGGUUCGUGGUGAUGCACCGUGAAUGGAGAAGAGAAAUUUGAAAAAUAGUACAAAUAAUUCUCCGUGAAAUUUCGACCUUUCCUUCUGUGUUUGUCAAAAAUUUAAACUACAAAAGUAUAAUUCAAAACAAUACGAAUCACGAUUAUUAUGUACUUGUGAAAUAAAUACCUCAUUUGUCAUCGUUAAUAGUUAAA